CCCAGCAGCCGAUAGAUGAGAGAGGACGCCCCCGAGGAGCCAAUCCCUCUGCAGAGAAGGCACGCUCUCCCGUGGCACAGUUUCGCGGCAGCCUGUGGGAGUGUCCGCGGCGAGCGGCUUCUGCCCCGCCCUCAGCCUUGGCUCCUGGGUUCUGGGUCUCCGGUCCCCAGAGAGGUGAGUCGGCUGCAGGUGGGCGUGUGGAGCGGGGCUGUCGGCGGUGCUGCCGUCGCAGGCGCCACCCCCGGCUCGCACCCGGCCACGUAGUUGAGCCGCGCGCCAGAGUGCUGCAGCUUCGCCAAGCCCCGGGCCAGCUGGGGCGCGGAGUCGGAGCCGGGCGCCCUCGGAGGCCGGAGCGGCUGGGCCUCGGAGUCUCGGGGGUGAGCAGCCGCUGCGCCUCCGUGUACCUUGCUCGCUAGCAGGAGGUUUCCGCUAACUCACAACCCCCAGCGUGCGCCGUGGCCUGCCUGGGCUCGCCCUGUAGCGCCCGGCGAGAUGCUGGAAGUCGGCCUGUGGAGGAUGCGGGGGAGCUGGUGCAGGCUACCUGGAUGACAGCCUGAACUUUUCCCAGGGAUUCCUGCCAGCCCAUUAGGUCACGUUGCGCAUUUUCCUCUGAGACCUCUUGUGCUUGCCGCUGAAAUAAAAGCGGUAUUUCCCCCAGUUUCCUUUUAGGACAUUAUGACUUUUCUCCUUUGCAAGACAGUUCAAGAAACUGGCAGAAAAACAAACUCUUCCCACUCUCAGGGACUGUGUUGUCUUCAGGAGUUUGGGGUCAAGUUCAGCGAAUGAGGAGGCUCUGUUUGCAUCCUUUCCUCUCCAGUAUUCUCAGAGGAGCUUCGUUUCUAGCAUCUUUCUAGCAUUCAGGGCCAUGAUCCCGAAGGCUUGAGCUGUUUACAAGGAGAGAGAAGCUGUCUCCUGAGCCCCAAAAUGGCGGCUAAGAUGGAGAUAACUUUGAGCUCGCAGUCCCACAUUCAGGCUUCCUCCAAGCAAGAGAGACAUAUAAUAGCAAAACUAGAAGAAAAACGGGAGCCCGCUCUGCAAAAAGACUGGCCCGAUCCUGAGCUCUCCCGCCAGAGUUUUAGACGGUUUUGUUAUCAAGAGGUGUCUGGACCCCAAGAGGCGCUCUCCCGUCUCCGGCAGCUCUGCCGUCAGUGGCUGCAGCCUGAGGUGCACACCAAGGAGCAGAUUUUGGAGCUGCUGGUGCUGGAGCAGUUUCUGAACAUCCUGCCUCCGGAGAUCCAGGCUCGGGCCAGGCAUCAAUGUCCAAUGAGCAGCAAGGAGAUUGUGACCCUGGUGGAAGAUUUUUACAGAGCAGCCAAGGGACCAAAGCAGUGGGUGGCUGUUUGUAUGGAGGGUCAGAAGGUGCUCUUGGAGAAAACUGGAUCCCAGCUUGGAGAACAGGAACUGCCAGACUUUCAACUGCAAACUCCUAGCAGAUAUCCCAGGGAGAGCUCUCUGGAGGAGACGUCCCAGGCAGGAUCUCAGGAUCAGCGGAGCCCCCGUCAUUGGGAAAAAUCCCUGCUCCUCCAGGACCCAACCCCCAAAUUGGCUGAGACAGAGGCCUCCAGAAUGAAAAGUGACAACAAGGAAAAUCCACAGCAGGAGGGGGCUAAAGGAGCAAAGCCAGGCACCUUGUCAGUGGGCAGGCCCAAAGGGAAUGGUCUGCAGAGCCCCGAACCCAGAGGGGCGACUGUGAGUGAGCCCCGGUUGUCACGGAGGCAGGUCAGCCCCCCACACGCUCAAAAGCCAUUUGCUCACUACCAGAGACAUUGCAGGGAACUGGAAUACAUCAGCGGCCCCCUGAAGAGCCACCCACUGAGAGAGCUGAAGAAAAGCAAGGGAAGCAAAAGAAACCUGAGCAGCCGUUUGCAACGUCUUGGUCACCAGCCGACCCGCUCAGCGAAGAAACCAUACAAAUGUGAUGACUGUGGGAAAAGCUUCACGUGGAAUUCAGAGCUGAAAAGACACAAGCGAGUCCACACAGGGGAGAGGCCCUACACAUGUGGAGAGUGUGGGAACUGCUUCGGGCGGCAGUCCACCCUGAAGCUGCACCAGAGGAUCCACACCGGAGAGAAGCCCUACCAGUGCGGCCAGUGUGGGAAAAGCUUUCGCCAGAGCUCAAACCUUCACCAGCAUCACAGACUCCACCAUGGGGACUGAAAGCAGGGCUGGGUCCUCUCUGUUCGGAAGAAGGUACUUGCAUUUCUCCUCCCCCUCGCUUGCAUGUAAAUCACAAAGACGAUCUGCGUGACUUACAAGGGAGAAAACGAGAUCCCUGAGGAGUGAUGGUGCCCGUCGGGCUGGUGAGGCAUCGGUCGGGAAGAGGCUGACAGGGGACUUGAUCGUGCAUGGGGUCGUGUACGAUGAUGGGGGAAGAGAUGGAAGGUCUAGGCAUUGGGUCAGAGAGCACCGGGGUGUCUGUUGGAGAGCGGGGAGUCACUACUGAGGGAGAAUCAGGAUGAUCCUGCAGAUGUGCCCCACACCUUGAUGUUAAAUCUCCUCCUGCUGCUUUAUUUAUCCUCUAAAUCUGUUCAAGGAUAAAUCCUAUAUAUAGUUAUACAUUUGCUGUCAUACCAGACAAUCUUUAUCAUUGCACACACUCCUUUAAUAAAGAUGAGUGAUCUGCAA